AUGACGAACGUCGAGCCCAGGGUCGUCUACCCUCAUAGCCCGCGAACAGACGAGACCAUCCUCCAACCUGACCUGAAUCGGCACCCGUGGUACGAAUUCGUGGUUCAUCCGUGGUCAAACAGAGUGACUCGCAAUCUAGAGGAAGAGAAGGUGGUAGAAGACACCUUUGACGCGUUCGACGAACUACCGCCCGAGUUCGAUCCUUGGUCGGAACCCUUGAAGCGUGCCCCGCCCGAGUUCUUCCUCGGCUGGCCCCUGGAUAUGGCCCUCGUCCGCGCAUAUGCCCUCAAGAACGACAUGGCGUAUUUCAAAAACAGGUACAACGCGGCGGGCGUUAGGAUUUCUGGGGGCUACAUGCAGGCGCACGAGGUCACGUCGGAGGACGUGCUCAACAAGAUCUCGACCUUGACGGAGAUCCAGCUGCACCUCCUGCCGAGGGUGAAGAUCGAGGAAGCGUACGGCGUGCCGAACGUCGAGGGCCGGUUCGGCGGGCUGUGGUCGCUCUGCUCGAACUGGACGCACCCGGAUCGGCGUCCGUCGGAGGAGGAAAUCGCCCAGCUACAGGAAGAGCUGGGAUAUAAGGACAAGCCGAAGUGGCAUAUGACAACCUUUGCUUGA